GGCUACUUUCGUUUCCUUAUUUAGGGAUUCUCGGCAGACUGAAGCAGGAACAGUUCGGAAUAGUUCUCUUUUGUUCUUCAGACUUGCAUUGCUUGUUUCCCCAGUUUUCUUCUUGCCGUCAGCCGGAAUUCGCCUCUCUCGGUGGCAUGGCUUCUAGUAUUAAGGCUCUGCAGCAGUGGUGUAAAAUACAAUGUGAUGGCUACAGAGAUGUGGCUGUUACCAACAUGACAACUUCUUUCAGGGAUGGAUUGGCUUUCUGCGCGCUUAUCCACAAGCACAGACCGGACCUGAUAGACUUUGAUUCCCUCAGUAAGGAGAAUGUGUACGAAAACAACAAUCUGGCUUUCCGUGUAGCUGAGGAGAAGCUGGGGAUCCCAGCAUUGCUGGAUGCAGAGGACAUGGUUGCAUUGAGGGUUCCAGAUAGACUCAGUAUCCUCACCUACGUAUCCCAGUAUUACAACUAUUUCCAUGGUCGCUCACCCAUUGGAGGGAUGGCUGGUAUCAAACGUCCAGCUGAGGAUUCCAAGGAACAGCCAGCUGGCAAGAAAAAUCUUCCAGUGGUGGCAAAGCAAUAUCCCAGUAAACCAACAGCAGAGAUGCAAAAACCCCCCGCCACCAUCACCACCGCUUCCUCCAAACCAGCACCGGCUCCAGCAAAACCAGCUGAACCAAAGAAAGUUUUGGUGGAAAACACAAACAAAACCGGAACCCUUAGCAGUUCCUGUGCUGUGUGCAAGAACCAUGUUCAUCUGGUACAGCGACACUUAGUGGAUGGGAAGCUGUAUCACAGAAACUGCUUCAGGUGCAAGCAAUGCUCAAAUACCCUUCUUUCAGGAACAUACAAACCUGGACCAGAAUCUGGAACCUUUAUCUGUACCACUCACCAGCACAACCAAAACAAGAGUACACCCAGUUCUGCAGGUUUUAUAGGAAGGGAGACCUACAACAACAGCACUGCUGUCCCAGCCAAAACUGGACUGACUUCUGUGACUACCAGAAACCAAAGCCCUGCGGUUACCCUCCCAACAUCAAAUGUAACAACCACCAUUAGUUAUAACGUCAAACCCAGCGUGGUGACGACUCCAGCCAAACCAUUGACUCCAAUUGCAGAGAAGACACAGACGGCCAGGGAAAAAUUCUUCCAGUCCAGCCACGUGACUCUGGUUAACCCUCCAACGAACAGAUGGGCUGCUUUGAAUGUGGAGACACCUGGUAAACCUGCAUCCUUGCUGCAGACUGGCAAUGAUAAAGACAAGGCUCGGUCCUUUUUAACAAAGAACUUACCACUGGAGGGGAACAAUAAUAACAACCAUACACCAUCGGCACCUGCAAGCUCUGGAGUGUUCAAAUCAACUGAGUCACAGUUCACUAGCAGAUUUGGUAAUAAGCUGACUGGAGCAGAUGUACCCAGUUGGAAAAGAGACCAUAAAAGCUCUGGAGCAAGUGGGCAGAGACCAGCGUCUGCUUUUGAACCCUCAACUCAAGUUCAAAUAAACAUAUCUGUACCAGCGGGACUCGGAACAGCAUCGCAGAAGAUCAACAGGUCAUCUGGACUUCAUGAUCCUUCCAAGAAGGUUGUGGCACUGCCAUCAAACACCAAAGAUUGUCUUUGGAACACUGUUACCAGCACAACAGAAUCUCCAGCAGAUUGGAGAUCCAAAUUGAAACCUGUGUCAAAGGGACCUCUUAUUAGCAAUAUUACAGAUAUUCAAGAGAAACCACCUGCUUCAUUCACCUCUGAAGUCAAAGUAGACAUACCCUCCAAACCGAGAACCAUGGUUACUACAUUCAGUCCAACAGUCAGAUCUGCAUCUGAGGAUUUCUCCUCGACCAGUGCCAGAUCUGUGCCACCUUCUCCCAGCACUGAUUAUAAUAAAGGAAGGUCUUCACCUAGGCAGAACAGCAAUGGGACUCGUACACAUGUGAACAGAAGCGUGGAUUUCUCAGAGAGUCUGUCUGAUAAAGAUAUCUCCAGCCCUGAAGUGAUGUCACCAAAGUCCCGGCCAGGCUACAUCCCUGAGGAGAUGAUCCAGGAGGAGUUGAAUGGUAUCGAGGCUCAGCUGAAUGACCUGGAGAAGAAAGGUGUAGAGAUGGAGAAGGAGCUCCGUAGGUGUGAGGAAGAUGAAAGUGAAGAUGUUUUGAUGGUAGACUGGUUCAAGUUGAUCCGACAAAAACAACUGCUGAUGAGAAGAGAAUCGGAGCUGGUUUACAUAUCAAAGACACAGGAUUUGGAGAACCAGCAGCCUGGAGUGGAGGGAGAGCUGAGGAGGCUGAUGGAUAAGCCAAAACACCUGAAGACUGAGGCAGACCAAAAACGAGAAGAGGAGCUGAUGUCGAAGCUUGUAGAAAUUAUUAACGAUAGAAAUGCGAUUGUUGAUGGUCUGGAUGAAGACAGGCUUAGGGAAGAGGAGGAAGACCAAGAGAUGAAUGAAAUGAUGCAAAGAUUUGAAAUAAAGAAAGACACCGUAGGAAAAAAGAAAUCAUCUCCUAUCACCAAACUCUUCAAGUGGAAAAGUAAACAGAAACCUGAAGAAACUGUAGAGCUGUAAAGCUCAGGUGAACUCUUCACUAGCUCCGCUCUUCGUGAACAUUCUCACACUGGAAGCAGCCAUAGAGAGGUGACAGGUAUCUUGAAACAUCAGGUCAGAAACUAAAUGUAAUAUAUAUUCUUCUGUCUCCUGUUUUUGUACUUGCUGUUUAAAGGUAGUUAAGUCAGGAAUGAUCAUUAUACAAAGCUACCACCAGCUUGACUAAAUGUGACAUUUUAUAAUUCAGAUGGAUGCUUAGGUCAGUUUUAUUCAUAGAGCAUUGCAUUCAGGCUUCCAAGUGGGUAAAGAUACAGACAGAGGGUGUAUAAAGUACCUGAUUCAGACCUGGUGUGGUUGAAAAUUGUGUUUGCUGUUGCUAUCAGUAACCUAAAAUCUUUGGGAUUUAGUCUAAUCAUUGACCAAAAAGUAAUAAUACUUGAUAGCUAUUGUUUCUGAACUAUAUUUCUUAAUUCAAAGCCAUUUUUUAAAUGAAUGCAAUUAUCAAAUCACAAAUGCAUAAAUAACAGUAUUUUUUAAGUUUGUGUAAAUGUUGAAUUUAUUUCGUCAGACCUUGAGUACUACAGUGUUCUUCGGGGGGGAUCCUUGUAAUUAUUGAGUUAAUAAUUACAAGGAUCAAAAUCAUAAUAUAUUAACUUUUACUCAAAUACAUAUGUACAUUUAAGUGAGACUGAUGUGUCGUACAGCCUUCGUUCAAAUUCUUAUCAAAGAUCUACUUGUCCAGCUGUCAAGUAUUUGUACAGAUUUUUGCUUGAUUUCUGAUGUUCUUUGUCACUCUGGGGACAUUAUCCUUAGCUAACUGCAGAAUGUGGGUUUGUGUGGCCCUAGAGAAUGCAGCUGCUUGCUGGUGAAAAGGAUUGUAUUCUAGAGAACUAACCCCCCCCCCCCCCCCCUUUUUUUUUUAUGGAUAUACGUGUUGAACUCACAAAUGAAAAUCUUUGUAUAAUGUGUAUGUAACAUUUUUAUUGUUUUUACUUUUGCACUUUAUUUAAUAGACACUCUGCUGUGAAAACUGUGUUGCUUCUUUUAAUAGGAGAAAAUAAAAUUAUAUUCUCCAUAGUCAUACUUAAAAAAAAAAAAAAAAAAAAAAAAACUCAUUUUAUAUGUUUUAAAAAAUAAUAAUUUAAGUCCACUAUAGCAAAAGGUUUAUAAGUCACUUGCUGAACAAACUCAAGUACACAUUUAGUACAGCAGCAUAAUUUCAUAUAGGCUCAUGUAUUGAAAGAGCUACUGGAGUAUUCUUACUGUAUAGUUAGUGUAUUUUAGUGACCACUAUAUAGCACUUUCUGCUUUGAGACUUUCCAACAGACGGUUAUGUGCAUUUUGUAAUUCUGUCCAGAACUAAUGCUACUGAAAGAGCCAGAAGGUGGCAGUGUAACUUCUAAUAAGAAAUAUUCCUAGACCUACACAUCUGGUAAUCUGUAUCCCUGUUUGUAGAACUAAAUUGUUACAGCUCAAUGUAAAGAUGAAUUGUGUGUAUAUUUAAUAGCAAUUUCAAAACAAGUGCCUGUUUUAGAUGUGCAGUGUGUCAUCAAAAACAAACUGGGAUUUUUGUUUUAUUUCAACUCAAGUCUCUAGAAUUUUUACAUCUUGAAUUGUUUUAUGUCUGUUUUUUUAUUGAGGUGUUUUAAGUGUAUUAAGGACAAGUCCUUUGUGGGAAUACAACAUUGAAAAUGGAAACGCAAAUAUAUUGGUGGUUGUAUAGGAAGCUGAUCCAUAUGUCUGUCCUGUUUUAUUCAUUUGUUUUCAACUGAAAUAAAGCUUUACUACUUA